UAGACUAGCUAGCUUGAGUUAGUUUACUUCCUUGUACAUUUUUUGUUUGUUUCCAGCUCCAUUAGAAAACAUGAAUCAACAAUCUUGCGUCUUAUUUUCACUUCUAAUUGUUUUCCUUCAUUGCACUAUAAUAUUAUCUCAGUCUCCGGCUGCUGCACCAGCACAGGGACCGGUGGCUGCAUCCCCUCCUCCUCCAGUCAUAUCACAGACACCAGCUGCAUCCCCAGCACAGCCAGCUUCAGUACCUGCUCCCACCAACGUCACUAAAAUUCUUGAAAAAGAUGGUCACUUCACAGUCUUCAUCCGCCUUUUAAAAUCCACCCAAGAGGAAAACCACUUACUCACUGUCCUCAACAACUCAAACAAUGGUCUGACCAUCUUUGCACCAACCGACGGCGCUUUUUCGAACCUUAAAUCAGGCACUCUCAACUCCCUGACCGAUGAACAGAAGUCUGAGUUGGUGAAGUUUCAUGUAAUUCCUACAUUUCUAUCAACUUCCCAAUUCCAGACCGUGACUAACCCAGUAGGAACAGAGGCUGGAAGUGGCGGCCGGGUAGCUCUCAACUUCACCACUUAUCCCAAUUCAGUGAACAUCACUACAGGACUUACCAAUACAAGCAUUUCUGGCACCAUGUACACAGACAACCAGCUAGCCAUUUACAGGGUAGACAAGGUGCUGCUUCCUAUGGACAUUUUCACUUCUAAGCCUCCAUCUCCAGCACCAGGACCAGCACCGGAGAAACUAAAGCCCAAGAAGGAGGCUCCUGUAGCUGAGACUCCUGUUGUUUCUACUACAGUGAAUACGUCUGGAGCAGUAAGUCCUGUGCAUCAUCAUGUGUUGCUUCUCGGAGUUGGUAUAGUUGCUGCAAUAUUUUCUUUGUGAGAUGACCAUGCACACAGGGGGUUAUGGGGUUUCAACGUUUUGGUGAACUGGAUCGGAUGAUGGUGAUCAGCAUAUUCCUCAAGCGUCCUAUUUGUACCGUUUAUAUCCGAUUACUUAAUUAGGGUUGAGUUCGAAGUUUUACAACAUUCCUUUUUGUCUUUCUCUUUCCAUCUGCAUGGGAAGCAUUAAUAAAAAUUUGAGUUGCGUAUUAAUAUUAGUACUUGUCUUUUUUUUUUUUUUUUCCUUUCCAAUAUUAUUAUUUCUGUUAUAUAGUUUUUCUAUAAAGUAUUUUCACGUAGUUGGUGAUUCA